UGUAGCCCCGCCCAUCCCUGUCCAUUGCGAGGGACCCGCCCCCUCAUCUUGGCAGCCCCUCCCCACGACUGGCCCCGUCUCCAUAGCAACGAGCAAGCGCCUCUGAGGCCCAGGGGAGAGUCCGGCUGAUUGAGGAAGAUCUGGAUGGGAGUUGGACGAGAGUUGAAGAUGGAGGUGCCACUCAGUACUACUCCUAUAAACAGAAGGGAAAUCUCACCUCACAACCCUGGGGGUGACAGUGACUGUGAUAAUGGGGUUCCCACUGGCAGUGACAGGAUCACCCCACGGAGGGGGUCUGUGGCCCUAGGAGACUCCGACGUGUUGGAUUGUGGGAGCGGCCGUUGCACCUGGGACACAAGUGGAUCAGAAAAGGAAAUGGGGGUGACACAUGGGAACAUGUCGGACACAAGGAACCGACUCAUCUCUGGGAGGAACCGGAUGGAACUGGACCCCGGGGCCACAAGCACUGACCUGCUUGAUUCCCCCCAUACAGUCACCUGUACAGUAACAGUGACAUUUGCCAUCCCAGCCCCCCGCAAUAAAGUGGAGGAGGCGACUCAGAAAGGAAAGGGAAAAACUCCCAAGAACGUUAUUGAGGCCCCCAAGGCCCAGGGUUAUUACCACUUUGAGUGGCAGUUGCACCCCGGGGACACUGAGCCAAUGAGGGCAGAUGUGGUGACAUUUGGGGCUGUGGCAAAGUUGUAUUUGGAACAUGAGUCCAGGAUUCUAAAGCCGUGGAAUGAGGGUGACAGGACGUGGCUGAUGUGGAACCACAAUGUGGAACUGAGUGUCACUAAGAACCUGCUCCUCGCGCUUCUCACUCACGAAAUUCAGGUUAAAGUCUGGGACAGCAAAGAGAAAGUGUCGCCCAAAGCUCGAUUUGAUAGACCCAAGGCUUUCAGGGUUCCUCAGGGGCAGCAGGGAGAGGAGCCCAAAGUGAAAGAUUUCAUUCUGAGGCAGAGGAAAAUCUAUGAGGACGGGCAGCCGAGAGCAAGCUUCGUGGCACAGAGCAGGGAGAAGAUUAGCCGUUCCCGGACAGGGGGCACCGCAGAAGCGACAUGUGAUGCAGAAAUAUCUCCUGAUCCCCCCACUGUGCCUCGUUCUGCGUCUGCUCCAGAGAAGGGGGCAGUGCCCACCGACAGCGACGUUUAUCCAUCAGUAGAAAAUCUGUCUGUCAGUCUGAAAGGGAACCGGAAGGUUGGCACCAGUCACACAGACGCAACUGAUUUAGAUGCUGCCCUGCAGAAGUUUAAACUGAGCGCUACGGCUUUAAAUGAACGAAAAUUAGACACAGUGGCAAGUAGAGGGAGAAGAAAAGCUCAGGAGGAGAGGAGUGAGAAGACGCCGAGUGCCAGUUUCCUGCGAGCAGAGGGGAAGUCCCUGGAACUGACACUCAGCUUUCUGCCUCUCAUUGCCGGAGACCUGCGGGUGGCGGAUCGAUUACAGGAGACAUCGGAUAUGAUAUUAGACUGUUAUGUCUCAUUGGCUGUAGAUGGCCCCAUGCUCUCCGAGGAACAGAAAAGGGAUCUCAAUCCAUUAGUCAUUCGCAUUCAUUCCGUCACUUCACUCCCACAAACACCAGCACCAAUCAGUGUCCUCAAGGAUCAGUGUCUCCCCGUGUUCUGUCAGUACCAGUUCCACCAUCAGCCCCUUCACCGGACCCGGGGCCGAGAUCACGGGACACACGUGUACUUUAAGGAUGUAAAUGUGAUUUUAGCGGGAACCUUUAGUCCCGGGGAGCUGCGCGAGUACCUCCAGGGCCCUCCCUUGGAAAUCGAGGUGCACGACCGAGACAGGAGAGCAGUUGAGGGGUCCAGUCGUCCCUCGCUGUUUGGCCGUGAGACUGAGGAUGAGAAACUGAGUAACGUGGGGCUCGUCACCUCCAAACUGACAGUUGCCAAUCCGUAUAGAGAGAGGGAGGAGCUGUGGGAUCCGUACGGAAGCGCCAGAGUGGAUAUGAGUGAGUUACUGCACGGGGCCAAGUACCUGAACCUCUGCACCCCAAUUCAGAACUGCGAGGCCCUGGACCCCAUUGGGUACAAUUCCGAUGGCAAAAGGGAAAUUCCGGGGGUCACUCAGAUUCCUGUAGGACAUUAUGUGGAUGCUCAGUCCCUCCUUAAAGUCCGGAUCGACAUCGCCGUGCCACUUGCCCUUGAAUCCGAAGCCUCCGAUUGCCCCUAUGGGCUCAUUGUCUACAUUUUCCAUGAGAAGAAGCGGCACUUCCUGGAGAGGCUCCUCCUCCAGAUCUGCCAAAUCAAUGCCAGGGCCCUGAAUGUGGGCGGCGCCCCAGCUGCUUCCAUCCAAGAGGCUCUUUCCAUGGUGGGAUUGAGGGAGGAGCAGAAAGACGACGCCUCCCUGGAUGUAAUAACGGGGUUCCAUGUGAUGGACGGGGAGCUGCACCUCUUUGUGUUGGAGGGGCUGAAGGAGAAAGGGGUCCGGCUGCUGUGGGAGACAAUGACAAGCAGAUCAGAGGAACCGGAAGAGGAAAAUGUGGAAAUUCUGUACAACUCCCAGUUGGGUUUCCACCGGCGCCGCUACAGAGACCUGGGGGUCCUAUUGUGCCACAUCCAACUCCAUGCCCCCCUCUCCUUCAUUGUGCAGCAGCCCCUCCUCUAUGUCCGGGAUAUGGUACCUGCCCCCUGCCUCCAUGCACUCUCCAGGCUGGACUUUCUGUGCCGAGUGAAGAAGUUGCGCCAGGCAGUAAAACGAGACCUUCUUCCCUCAGUGGAAAUGAUUGAGCUCCUGAGUCGAGAGUUUGGGGUUCCCGUAACUUCGAUUCUAUUGUUCCCCAAGGAACAAACUCCUAUAAUAAAAAACCUGGUUAUUUCCCACGGUGCCGACCAGCCGAGGGGCAGAAAGGGGGCGCUGAGCCCACUGGACAACUACAACUCCCAAUAUAUAGAGUGGAAGAGGGACAGGGCGGGGCGGAGCUCCAAGGACUUUAUCCAGAGUAACAAAGAGAAGGUGAACCAGCAAAACCGACUCAUGAGAAGACACAGCAGUGAUUGGAUCCGAAUCUCUCCCCCUGAUGGCACUGCAGUGCAUAACUACAGCUCCCAGACCCUCAACUCCAGCCAAUGGGCUCACAGGCUUCUACUGCAGGACAUUUCACAGGAGCCGAGACAGAGAUUCACUUACUCUCAAGAAUUUCACUCAGCGACUCUCACUUUGUCCGACCCCGAUACUGAAAGGAAAAUCCUCGCUGCCCAAUCGAAGGCCAAAUGGAUGACUCCUGCUGGGUUUCAGUACCCCGGAUUCAAGAGCAGCAUCGAAAGCAAUGAACACCCCAAAAAACUAGAUGAAGCGCGAAUAGCGGAACUUAGUAAAGCCUGGAGGGAAGGAAUCCUGCACAGAAACUCCCUGUGUCCCACCCUUCCCCGAGAGCGUUGGAGUUGGGAUCAGCGGCACCAGGACUUUCAGUUGUUCAGGAAAGUGUCAGAUAGAGACGGCCGGUCGCCCCCACUCUGCGCUCCACCAGCAGGUGAGACCCUGCAGGAGGAAGAGAGAAGAGGGGCACGGGCCGAGGGUCUCAAGGUGAAUGAUUCGCUCAUGAGGUUCCACCGCUGUCUGACGGCUACAGAACUGACAGCAAGGGGGCCCCAGGCCAGUAACGCUCAGGGCCGGCUGGAGGGUCUCCUGAAAGAUAAACCCACCAAACUGUCCCUGCGUCGGGCUGGACUGGUACUGAAGCCGGUGCCAGCGCUGUCAGUGGUGCAGAAUUGGGGAGUGAGUGACAGUUCCGUUGGGAAGGAGAGGGGUCACUAUGUACCGGGGGAAGUGCAGCGCCACCGUCUGACCUGGGAAGGAAACGCAAUUCCCUGUCCCAACAUGGAGCACAGGAAGUUCCAGCAACUUAAAGGGAAAGACUUUGAGCUGCACUGCUCCCAGCGCUCAUUUGUGCACAAGAGAGAAAUAAAGGAUUUAAGUGCAGAAGAGAGAGAAGUUCUGGAGGCGCUGGCACAGCCCAGGGCUCAGGGGGGCACAGAGUCGGGCACAAGAAACGUUCAAUCCUCCACUAACAUUAUCCAGACCCACAGCUACAAUGGAUUCCUGCUGCAAGUUCAGUAAACUCCGCCCAUUUCUUAUCUGACAAUAAAGAUUUGCUUUACUGCUCC